AUGAAUGAAGAGUUGAAUAAGAUGAUAAAUAGUUUCCAGAUAAAAGAAAAGGAGGGAAAGGAAGUAAAUAAAAAUAAUAAUAUAGAAAAGAAUCAAAAUAUAGAUUUAAAUAUAUAUCCAAAUAUGAGUAAUUAUGUUGAUAUAGGAUCUAAUAUUUAUGUUGAGCAAAUAAAAAAUAUAUCAAAAGAAGAGGUUACAAAAAAAAAAAGUAUAUUAAAUUCAAAAUAUAUAUCGUCAAAGAAUAACGAAUUUGUAGUAGCACAAUUAUAUGAAUUAAAUAAUUAUAAUGAAAAUAAUAUAUAUGAGGACAGAAAUCUUUUUUCGAAUUCUACAAAUAUAUAUAGUAACGACAAUAAUAUGAAGAAAUAUUUAAUACAAAAAUGUGGAAAAAAAAAUAUAAAAAAAAGGAUGGACAUAUUAAAUCAAGAAAAUAAUAAUAUGGGAAUUCAUAAAAAUAUAGUAUAUGAUGAUAAUAAUAAUAAUAAAAAUGUAACAUAUGAUGAUAAUAAUAAAAAUGUAACAUAUGAUAAUAAUAAUAAAAAUGUAACAUAUGAUAAUAAUAAUAAAAAUGUAACAUAUGAUAAUAAUAAUAAAAAUGUAACAUAUGACAAUAAUAAUAAAAAUGUAACAUAUGACAAUAAUAAUAAUAAUAGUUGUAGUAUCAUUAAAUAUGAACUACGGAAGACAUCAAUUUGCAAAUAUUGGAUAAAAGGGAUUUGUGCUAAUGUCGAAUGUAAUUUCGCCCAUGGGGAACACGAACUAAAAUAUACAUUCGGUGUAUAUAAAACAACUAUAUGCAAACAUUGGAAAAAAAACGGUAUGUGUUCUAGUGGUAUUCAUUGUAGACAUGCACAUGGGGAAAGUGAAUUACAACCAAAAAAUUUACCUUUACAUUUAUUAAAAAAAAAAAAUAAUUUGAAAAAUAAAAAUCAAACAAAAUCUUUUCAUACAAAUAAAGAACUUACCAUAAAUGAAUAUAAUGAUCGUUCUGCAAAUAAUAGAAAUGUUGAACAUAUGUAUAAGAAUAAGGUAGAUCCUUUAAAAAAUAAUAACAAUAAUAAUGAUAAUAUUUAUUAUUAUGGAAAUGAGGAGAAUCAAAAAGAUGUGAAUAUUUUUAGAAUGGACACAUUUUACAACAAUAUUUUUGAUAGUCGAAAUCAUAUGGAUAAACCCCCCCCACACAACAUCAACAAUAAUAAUAGUAAUAAUAAUAAUAAUAAUAAUAUUGUUAGUGUUGAGGGGAAACCAAUUAACCAUAAUACACCUAAUAUCCUUAACGAUGGUAAUUAUACAAAUCAUUUAAAUCAUUCAAAUUAUAUAUAUAAUAACGAAAAGGAAGAAAAUGAAAAGAGAAAUUUCAAUUAUUAUGAUACAUGCAAAAAUAUAUGGAACUAUCAAAUUUGUAAAGAUGAUAACAAUCUAUUGAAUAAUAAUGAAAAGACUUUUUUUUUUUUUUCUAAUGUAAAUAAUAAUAAAAUGGUAGAAUGUAAUAAUAUGAACAAUAUAUUUAAUGACAUACAUAAAAAAGAAAAUACGAUAACAUUAAACAAUAAUUCAAAUAAUGUAAUUAAUAUAAAAAAAAACAUAAUAGAUGAUGCUGAUAUAUCCAAAGUUACAAAUGUUCAUAUUUAUAAAGAUGAUCAUUUAAAAAAUACACCUAUUAAUAAUAAAAAAAAGGAGACUAGAUUAUCACAGGGAAAAAAAAAUACAUAUUUAAAAGUAAACUUUUUCAAUAACAAGAACAAGGACAAUAAUUAUAAUAACAAUAUAAUAGUAGAUACUAACAAUAAUAAUAAUAAUAAUAAUGUUAUCAAGAAUGAUCAUAAUAAAAUUAAUAAUAAUAAUUUAAUAUUUCAGAAUAGUAGAUUUAUGGAUCAUACGGGAGCCUGUGAUACUAUAAAAAGUGGUGAUACUACAAAAAGUGGUGAUCAUAUAAAAAGUGGUGAUCAUAUAAAAAGUGGUGAUACUAUAAAAAAUGUUGAAAAUUUUGUUAAUUAUACAAAUAGUAACAACAUUAGUAAUAUUAAUAUAUCUAUAAAUUGUAAUAAUUAUGAAAAAUAUAUUAAUAAUAUGAGUUUUAUUAAUAAUAAGGAAUCAAGCAAUAUAAAUAAAGAUGAUGUUUAUAAUGGGAAUAUGGAUAAUCAUAAUCAUCAUGUAAAUAAUAAUAAUACCCUUUGUAACACCAGCUUGAGUGAUUUGUGUAGUAAUAAUUCUUCUGAGUCCAAAAAACAAGAAGCUGUAUGUCUCAAUAAAAACGAUACUCAUGAUAUAAUAAAAAAUGUAUCCAAUAAUAUGAAACGGUUUUCUCUCUACAUGAAUCCUAUUAAUAAUAAUAAUAAUAAUAAUAAUAAUAAUAAUGAUGAUACGUCUAACAAUGUACAAUUUAUUAAUAAUUAUACAAAUGAUUAUUUUUAUUAUGAUGAAAAGAAGGAUGAAGAACAACAUAACCCUUAUGAUAAUAAAAAUAAUAAAAUUAAAGGGUUUCGUAAUAUCAACAUUCGUAUUAUAAAAAAAGAAGAUGAACAAGAACAUACUAAUGAGAAGAAUAAUACAAUAUUUAAUAAAAAUGUAAAUGAAAUUAUGUAUAGUAAAGAAAUAACAAAUAUGAAUAAUAUAAACAGAUCUUCAGAUGAAUAUAUUACAAAUAAUAAUAUGGAUAAUGAUAAUAAUAUUAUGAAUAACACAUUAUAUCCAUGGAAAGAAAAUAAAUUCAAAAAUGUUGAUAUGUUAAAUAUAUACAAAAUUAAUAAGGAUGAUUAUUUACAUACAGAUAUUGUUAAGAACAUAGAUUGUGUUAUAAGUCCAUACAAAGAUCCCAACAUAAUUAUGGAUAGGAUAAAUGAUGAUAAUAAUAUAAAUAUGGAUAAUUUAUUAUUUACAUAUAACGAACAAAUGAACAAUCAUCAUAAUAAUAAAAAAUGGAACGUUUUUAAUAAUUCUAUUAUUUUAGAAAAGAAUGAAAAAAUUACUAAUAGCAAAAAGAAAAAUAAUUAUAAGAUACAUCAAAGGCAAAAUAUUAAUAAAAACGUUUCAGAUAAUAACGAAAAUAUAAAUAAUAAGAAUGUAAUUAGUAAAGAUAAAUUUAAAAUUAUAAAUUCUUAUAUUGAUUAUAAAUUAAAUUAUCAUAAAAAUAAUAAAUAUAGUUAUAAUAAUAUGGAACAUAACAUAAAAAAUGUGAAUGAGCAAAGUAGUAUAAAUAAUAAUAAUAAUAAUAAUAAUAAUAUAUUAUAUACAACAACAAAAGAUUUAAGAAAUAAUAUUCAUACAAUCAAUUUUAAUGAUACAAAAAAUAUAAUUAAUAGUGAUGAUUAUUUUGUAGAUCAUAAUUAUAAUUAUAAUUACAAUUAUAAUUACAAUUACAAUUACAAUUAUGCUUAUGAUAAUAUAGAAUUAUCUAAUAAAAAUAUGAAAGAUGUUAUUAAUUUAUAUACAUACGUUGUUAAUAAAAAAAAUGAAAAAAAUAUUUACACGUCCACUAAUAAUAUUAUAUGUAACGAUGAAUAUAUUAAAAAGGAGGAUUGUGGUGAUUGUCAGAUGGUAGAGAGUACGCAGAUGUUCGACGAGGAAAUAAAUUGUUCUCCGGAAAAUAAAAGUAAUAAUAAUAAUAAUAUUAAUAGUAAUAAUAUUAAUAUUAAUAGUAGUAGUAGUAGUAAUAAUAACAAUAAUAAUAAUAAUUAUUAUUAUAAUGAUUAUCAUGAUGAUGAUAAUAAUAAUAAUAUUAUGAAUCAUUCUUAUUAUAAUCAUAUUAACGAUUCAUAUUACUACCAAUUUAAUGACCUUCAUUCAAAAGAGAAUCAACAAAAAUACACAUACAAUAUAAAUAACCUAAUACAUAAUAUGAAAUUAUUAAAUACAGAAUAUGAGUCUCCUCUAAAUUCUGAACAAGAAAAAACAAUUUUAAAAAAUAUCGCUGUGGACAGAAAUAACAACAUUAAUAUUAAUAACAUUACAUUGCCUACUCUUCAAGAUAACCAAAUGAAUAAUUAUAAAAAAUAUACAAAUGAUUUAGGAUCGGUAUCAGAAGGAUACACAUCUACAUAUAAUGAUACGUUAAAAAUGCAUAGUGAAACAUUUAUGGAUUCGCAAAAUGGUAUGUACAUUUUACCACAAUAUGUAACACGUGAAUGUAUUAAUAGUCCAUAUGAUAGCUCUCUCUUUACAGAUGAAAAUAGGGAAGAGAAAAAAGAUAAUAAAGAACGAGAAAUAAUAGGUAAUAUGUUAUAUGAUGAGCACAUUUGUAUGGAUGAUGAAGACUUAUUCGGAAGAAGUCACCUUUUUAAUAUAUUUAACAAUGAAGAAGAAAUAGAUAUUAAUCAAAAGGAUAAUUAUUAUGAUAGGGAUGAUCAUAAUGAUUAUCAUAGGGAUGAUCAUAAUGAUUAUGAUAGGGAUGAUCAUAAUGAUUAUGAUAGGGAUGAUCAUAAUAAUUAUCAUAGGGAUGAUCAUAAUAAUCAUCAUAGGGACGAUAAUAAUAAUCAUCAUAGGGAUGAUCAUAAUAAUCAUCAUAGGGACGAUAAUAAUAAUCAUCAUGGUGAUGAUGUUAUAUAUGAGGAAACGAAAAAAACAGAUAAUAUAGAAAUCCCGUUAAAAGACAAUGACAUAAUGAUAAAUAAUUCAUAUAACGAUAGUUUAAUUAAUUAUAACAAAUAUUUUGUUAAAGAACAUGAAUAUAACAAUAUAAAUAACAAUAACAAAAUAGAAGAAAACUUAAAAAUAAAAAAUAGCUAUGAUACAAGUUCUAAACAAAAUUAUAAAGAAAAUAAUAUGUUUCAUGAUGUGGAUAACUUUACAUCUUUACUACUACAUAUAAAUAAUUAUAAUGAAAAGGAUUUUAUGAAUUUUAAAAAUGAAGAUUAUACCUUGAACAAAGAAAUAUACUUUAAUGAAUGCAAAUAUGUUAAAGAAAUUAAAAAUAUAGAUCAGGAUAAUACAAAAGAGUUGGGAAUAGUUUUACAAAAUGAUGACCAAAUAUCGGAAAGCGAUAUGAGGACAAAGAAAAUGAUUUAUUCUAUUUUCAUCAAAGAAGAAGAAACAAAGAAAAAUAAAAAUUUAGAAAAUAUAUGUUAUACAAAUGAACAGGAGAAAUAUAAUAAUCUAUCUAUAAUUAAUCAAAAACAAAAUAUAACAAUGGAUAUAAUCAAAAAUGUAGAUGAAUUAUCCUUUGAUAAUAUGGAACAAAUGAAUAUUAAAAUAAAUGAUAAUCAAAUGUAUAAUGAACAGGUGAUGGAUAAUAUGGAAGAUCGAAUAGAAAAGAUAAACAUAUUAACAAAUGAUAAUAUACAAAAUGGUAUUCACAACAAUAAUAAUAAUAUAAUUGAAGAAAAACAAAGUCUUAAAGAUAAUAAUUAG